AUGUUGGAGGGCAAACAAAUCGGUUGCUAUGCAUUACUAUGGAAAAAAUGGCUGCCGCUUAUGUCCGGGAAAGGUAAAUAUAUCAAGUUUCCUCGCCAUUUUUUGCUUUGUUUCAAAACAAUGGGCUACUUACAGACAUGUAUGAUGUGUACUAGUCUCAGAUUCUAUUAAAAAUCGUUCAUUUAUUUAUUGCUUUAAAAAAUCGCUUUCGAUGUUCCGUUUACUUCAACAGUUUGAACACACUUCCUCGCUGUUCGAAUUUGCAAACUUAUAGCCUUUAUUGUCGUUUCACUGACCUUUCUUGCUUUCAAAGGGGUGUAAAUAUUUUCCUUUUUUCCUUUUUAGUUCAAAUUAUAGGCUUACAGUGAUAGGUGGAAAAGAUCGACUUAAGUUUAAUCAGCUUUUUCUAGCUUGAAUUUCUCCAACAUAAACUAGUUUUAGAAUCGAGUUUUAACCGUCGACCGUUUAAGCUUAUUCGUACCAUAAGCAUUGUACAAGCUUGAUUAAAGUCAUUUAAGUUAUAAAAAUGUAUUUAAUCGUUACAGAACAGAAACCGUCGAUCUUUCGCGGUUUCCGUCUCUAACUUUUACUGACGUUGAAAAGUAUGCAGAAGCUCCACAGGAUGCGAAAGCACCGCUAAAGCCUAUAAAUUCUUCGCUGAACCUGGAUACCUCCACGAUAUUAAA